UGAUCAGUCGAUAUCCGUAAGCGCUGAACUAACAACAGCAACGGAACGCUGCUGUGCAAAAGAGAAUAAAAAAAACAUUGUGAUUAGUUUAAGAUUUGAAGUGUUGAAAGAAUUUUAUAUAUCCAUUCGCUCUCUAUAUAUCUCUAUCUCAAUAAAAGAAAGUGCAAUUCAAAAUGAAGGAAUACUUAGUAUACAGCUGUUUGAUUAUACUUGUCUAUUGUUUGACAGGCAUCAAUUCACAAUUGGGUCCAUUACCGCCAAGAUUUGCAAUUCCAGUCGGUCCUGUGGCACAACAACAAUCGGUUCGGCAACCAAUUCAAUAUCGUAACGAACGUUUAGUGGCACCAGUUGGUGGUUUUCUUCGUGCUCGUCGCCCAGUGUUGGGUACACCACCAUUCUCAAAUCAAAAUAGUCUUAACGAUGAUGCUAAACCAGUAACCGAAGAAAAUGAAUCGGGCGAAGCGCCAACAUUUAUUCCGCAAAUACAACAACAACAACAACAACAGCAGCAACAGCAACAGUACAUUCCACAUGUGCAAACACUACAACAACAACCACAUAAACCUCAAUUGCCAGCCGUAUUGUAUACAACCGAUGAAAAUGGUGAAGUUUUAGAGCAGAGUCGACCAUUUAACGAAUUCUCAACAACGCCACGAUUCUUACAACAACCAAUUCAAGAAAUUAUACCAACAACACUUCGAUCGACCGGCAAUGCACAACGAUUCCAUAUAAAUCAAGAUCAUCCUAUUCAAAGUGCCCUUCAGGGCACCACAAAACCACCGCUUCGUGCUCGUCCUGAGUACCGCGAACCAAGACCACACUUUGAAGCAAAAGAAUUGGCACAACCAGUUCGUCGUCCACAACAAAUUGAUUACGCUCAAGUUAAACCCCGGCCACACCAUCAUCAUGACCAAGAUGAACGUGAAAAGAAGCCAGUAGCACAGAUUUUACGUAAAUAUCGUGAAGAAAAUGAAGAUGGCACAAUAACAUGGGGCUUUGAAAAUGAUGAUGGAUCGUUUAAAGAAGAAAUCAUUGGCAAUGAUUGUGUCACACGAGGCCGAUACGGCUACGUUGAUCCGGAUGGAGUGAAACGUGAAUAUAACUAUGAAACCGGAAAUUUAUGCGAUCCAAAUAAACGAGAUCAGGAAGAUCAAGAAGAUGUCGAAGACCAAGAGGAUGGACGACCAAAUUUAAAUGAUAAUGGCGCUUAUAUUGAUUAUCAAGAAAAUCAAAUGGUUUUGGCCAAUGGUCAACGCAUCAAUUUAAAUAACAUUGGAAAAGGCGGAAAGAUAAGACGACCGGGACGCAAUAAUUAAAUAAAACAACAUUUAUGAAAAUCACAUUGGUGAAGCACACAAUUUAAAGAAAAAAAUGACGAGAAAAUUUGCUUCACAUAUCUAUAAGCUAAAAUCGCAAUGAUAUAAGACUUUUUUUUAUUAAAAUUUUUUGUUUUUUAUUUUUUAGAUUUAAGAUUUUACAAAAUGAUCGCCUAAAAAUGAAAUACUUUCGUUUCUAUUUUCUUUCUUUAAAUAUUAUUGCGAAUGUAAUGAUUGAGAAAAACAAACCGAGAAAUAAAUGAUGAGUCUUUCUA